GUAUGCAUAGCUGUUAAAGUAGUGUCAUUGGAAUGUUGUCGGUUUGGUUCUGCAACGGUUGUUAGGCUUUGUGUGUACAAUUUCAUACGAGGCUCAAUAUCAUUGUUGAAACUACCGUUAUAAAUUAAUGCAAAUUACCUUGUUUAAUUCUGUGAUCACUUUCGUGCAAAAGUUCUCGAUUUUCUUUUUAUAUAGGCAAUGCAUCUCGCUUAAUCUCCCUGUUCAGAAUCGUUAAUAUGAAUAUGAACGGCACGGAAGACGCGUAUGACGAGGAUAUAAAUGAUCAACCAGUCGAUUACAGCAAGAAAUACAUCGAGAGAAAUGCACCGCCGCAAAACCGCCUGGCCGAUGAGUCGCAGACGAGUCGCCGCGUCUCAAAAAAGGAGUUCGACGAGCGCGACUCCAAGGUGGACCUGUUCAGUGACUAUGCCGAAACCGAUCUCGAUCAGCCGACGGAUUACAGUUUACGAUACGGUGCCGAGGGCGAUACUGAUGAAGAGGAGAAGCAGAGCACCGAGUAUUUUCCUGGCAGCGAGCAAGAGGAUACCAUCAAAACUUAUUGUACGGAAGGUACACCAUACGAAACUCCUUUCAAUUUCUCCACCGCCACUUCUAUGUCAGAUCUUCGAGACAUGAAAGAGAGCGAUCUCCUAAAGAAGAUGCCGAAGAAAACAAUUGAGAUGACCAGCAAAAGUCCUGUGUCCUUUAUCGAAGAAACCAGGACAAUUGACUGCGAUGAACAAGACAAUCUGAUAACGAAAGAGCUUGAGGAAGAAAACCCGAAGGAUACAGCAGUUCUUAAUCCUGGACAAGUAACACCGGAAAAGAUAGUAAGUUAUUAUGAGGAAGAGGGAACGUUGCAAGGUUUCUCUCGCGCCAAUUCGCUCAAUUCUCUGAACAGUGCAGUGACCUCUCAGAAUGACAUUACAGGAAUUAUGUCAAAAGUAGAUUCACCACCUUCUGCAAAUAAGGAAGAAUUGGAAAAUGAAAAUCAUAACGAUGCUCUAACAUUAAGCAAUAAUCAAAUAGAAUUGUCUUCAGAAAAUGACAACUCUUCAGAAAACAAGAAUAAUUCUCGUGUGCUGGAUAAAGAAGGAAAAAUGGUAACAUUUGGUGGCCAAGAUUACUAUGUAGAAGAAACACCUUUAAUGUUUUCAAGAAGUAGCUCGCUUGGCUCUUUGAGUGGAUUCGAACAACAUUCCAUCCAUGAUGAUCGUAGUUCUGUAAUUAGCGAUUUCAGUCGCAGGACCAGCGGUGUAGUCUCUCCCAGUGAAUUGCCAGACUCACCCACGCAAACAGUUUUAUCCAGUCCACGUAAUCAUAAAGCCCACAAUGCUGAGUUUCCAUCAAAGAUACAAGAAGAAGCAGUAAGACCAUCACUCCGACAUUUAUCUUUUACUAAACCGCAGAUUGCGAGGAAUAGUGUUUUUGAAGAUGAAUUUGCCACUUUCAAAGAAGAAUCAACACCAAUUGAAUUUUCUGGUGCAACAAGUCUAAGCUCCCUUACAAUUGACGAUGAAGUCAAAAUAUCGAACGAUUCCAAAACGUAUUGUAGACCGGAAAAAGCGUCCGAUGCAGAUGAAAAAGAUAUUCAUAAACUCGAGGCAGAUAUGCGUAAUGUGACAAUAAGCGGUUUUGAGAAUAAAGUGAAAGAGGAACAAGUAAGCGACGGUGAUGAAGAUGACGAUAUAUUAGCUGCUUGUAUUAAUAUGGGAAUGCAAACCAACAGAUACAGGCAGUCUUCGAAAUCGCUCAAUUCUCAAAAGUCCACGCAAUCAGAGUCGUCGAGUAUCUUAGAAUCAUAUCAGCGAAAUUCUAUUCCAAACAGAUUGGAAUCACACGCGACUCCUGUCGAAACGUCUAUCAAUCCACCAAAAACGAAUAGAGCUACAAUAGAGAAUGUUGCUUCAGACACAGUGCACGUGUAUUGUACAGAAGAUACUCCCGCAGAUAUCUCUCCAAUGGGAUCUCUAUCCAAUCUGUCGGCUCUCUCAAUGCCGAGUGUACAAGAGGAUGUAGAGAAUAUCGAGCAAGACAAAUCAGCUGAGAUUGAUUGUCACGGAAAUGAUUUAUUCGAUGAGAGUGCCAAUCUUUCGGGCGAAGAUGAGAAAAUAUUAAAUGAAUGCAUUCAAUCGGGCAUGCCUAAGGCGAGGCAAAUAAGCCCACCUGUAACAAGCAGCAUCUCGUUCGUCAAAAAAUCUGAAAGAUUAUCGCACAAGUUUAAUAUAUGUGGUACUCCGUCAUCUUCACCCGUUGACACGAGUCACGGGAAUAAGAAUCCUAUACUGAACUCUAAACCACCAAGCGAAUCGUUGAGAUAUUCUGAGGAAUUUUCUGACGACAGUCCAAAUCAUUCAGAGGAUGAAGCAAUCUUGACAGAAUGCAUACAAUCUGCAAUGCCAAAGGCAAAAUGCAGUGCAUCACCGUUAACCAGAUCAUCGCCAUUACCGCAAAUUGAAAAUUCUAAAACGAUGAAUAUGCGAACGCCCUCCACUUCGUCAGCGUAUUUUCAACCAAGAUAUGUGGAGCAAAGAAAGAGUGUGACGAAGAAGGUUUUACCUUUCGAAGACAAUAUUGAGCUUUCUGAAGAAGAGGAAGAUAUUAUGUUAGCACAGUGCAUUAGGUCUGGAAUGCCAAAAGCUCUAAAUUCUAUGCCUACAACGAUGCCAUUCGUCCAUCCACAGACCAGUUCUGUGCCGUCUGCAGCUAAAAAAUUCGAGCCGUGCUCGAGAACUACAAGGAAUUUUCCUGCUCCUUCGCCUCCUUCCUACUUUGUGAGCAAAUCUGAUGCUCCUAGAAAUGCCACGCCUCACUCACCGUCGAUGUACAAAUCUGUGAAUAUUAACACUGCGGACCCGCGUUAUGCCAGAAAUGUAUCGAGCAAUUUUAAUUGCUUUCCCGGAAGAGCGACAAGCAGUGCGGCACAAACCUCGGGUCAGACAUUAAGAAAUUGUGAUAAUGGUGCGCGCGAGAGGAUAAACAAUUCACCGUGUUGCGCACGAAGAUCGCCGCUUCGUUAUGUGGAGAGUGAAAAUAGCAACACCUCUGUCAACAAUCUCUGUGUGUCUGUGCGAUCUCGCGUGGUGAAGUGCGGCCCGUCGAUUUUUAGGGCAGAAAACAAUGAUUGCACGUGUAGAAAUACAAUGAAGUCGAGCGCGAUGCCCUCGCGCCACAGUUCGGCGAGCUCUCUUAACGAAGAAGCUUCCACGGAGGAGUGGGCCCUGCUAGAAUUGUGCAUCACUUCCGGCAUGCCUAGAAACAAGUAUCGCGUUAAGGCAACUAGAUCUAGCGAGGGUGCGAUCCCUAACGGUCAUGACGAUUGUGAGGCAGUGCCGGAGGACAAUUAUUCGGUGCGUAGUUACAACUCUUACAUCUGCAAAACGUAACAUUCGGCUGUUGCGUGUGCUUUGACGGAAUUGUUGACGACAUGAUGUAUAAAUUGUAUAUUAUAAAGACUGAAUAUUUUUUUAUGUAUUCAUAAAAAAGUGCUUACGUUCAACGAAUUUGAUUAAGUUAAAUAUACACUGUGAAUUAAUUAAUACAAAAAUGUUAUCCAUGUAGCUGUGAUAAACAUUUUUGAAACUAUUUAGAUA